AUGAACUCUGGUCCUUCCGUCGCGAUCAUCGGCGCCGGUAUCGGCGGCAUCUGUCUGGCUCUUGACCUCCAGAAACAAGGUCUCAAUGACUACACCAUCUACGAGAUGGAGACGGGAAUCGGCGGUACCUGGUACCAGAAUCGCUACCCGGGCUGCCGUUGCGAUGUGCCUGCCAUCUUGUACUCGCACUCGCAGUUCCAGAACCCCAACUGGUCCCAAACCCACCCUCCUCGUCAAGAGCUCCUGGAGUACUGGCAAGAGCUCGCAAAGGCCCAGGGCAUUGACCGCCACGUCAAGCUCCGCCACCGCUUCGUUUCGGCUGUCUGGGAUGAGGCGACGAAGAUGUACACUGUCACUGUUCACGACGACGAAAAGGACGUCGACGUCGUCACGACCGUCAACGUUCUCGUCUCGGCUAUUGGCGCGUUCGCCCACCCCAAGACUCCCAAGCUCAAGGGCCAAGACUUGUACCAUGGGCUUCUGGUGCACGCCGCUCGCUGGCCGUUUGACCUCGACCCGGUGACGUUCCGCGGCAAGACUGUCGCCGUCGUCGGAAACGGAUGCGCUGGUGCCCAAAUCGUCAGCACUCUUUCAGAGGAUCCCGAGAUCAAGGUUGUCGCCAUUGCCCGCUCGCCCCACUGGUACAUUCCCAAUGGCCAAGACCCCACUGGCCGCGUUAGGAAUUCGGUGCCGUACAGCGAGGGCCAUAAAAAGCUCUGGAACAACUACCCCAUUGUCCAGCACGUUUCCCGCGCGCUCACCUACUUGGCCAUGGACUCGAGGUGGAUCAUCUUCCCUCUCAAGAACAAGUGGCUCAACGACCUCAACCGCAAGAAAGUUGAAAAGUGGCAGCGCGAGAGUCUCCCCGAAGAGUACAAAGCCAAUGGCGUUCCCGACUUCCCCCUUGGUGCCAAGCGCUUCGUCAUUGAGGAUGGUUACUUGGGGGCUCUCAACAAGCCGAACGUCAAGGCCGUGUGGGGUGGUCUCACUGGUCUGACCGAAGCUGGUGUGGAGAUUACCGACGGCCGCACGUUUGACGCCGACGUUGUCGUCUUUGCGUCUGGCUUUGACAUCGAGGCCAACGGUCUCGACAUUCGCGGCUCCGAGUCCAAGGUCCGCGACUUUUCCCACGCCUCGGACAUUCCCCAGUACCAUGGCAUGGCUACUCCUGGCAUCCCCAACUUCUUCACCUUGCUCGGCUCGUUCUCGGCCCCCGGCCACUCGUCGGUCGUCUUCAUCCUCGAGUCCCAGGCAAAGUACAUCAUGCAGCUCAUCAAGGCCAUGCGCGACGACCACAUUCCUCGUCUCGAUAUUAAGCGCACUGCUGCCACCAAGUGGAUCGCCGACACCCAACGCCGCGCCGACAAGACCGUGUGGACCAAGGCCAAGUCGUACAUGCGUGCCAACGGCGGCAACGGCCGCGUCUGGACCCACUACCCGGGCCACCUCUCCUCGCUGUGGUGGGAGAACCUGUACCCCAUCUGGUCGCACUGGUCCGGUGCCGAGAAGCUCUCGGUUCGCCAGCGCGCCAGGAAGGCUGUCUUCAUUCUCGCGCUCCUCGCAGCGGCGGGCUUUGGCCUCACGUCGACCGCCACAGGUGUCGCAUUGCUCCACACCCUCUUCCCCGGAUUUACCGUUGCCCACCCUACCGCGUGGACCCCCGCUGCGCUGGCUGGUGCCACAUGGGAGAACGUGACCACUGGUGUUGUUUCCCUGUGCACAGGAAUCACCAGCCUGGUGAUGUAG